GUCUAAACGUUUACGCAAGAAGUCUAACGUGAGGUCUCUGCUCGUGUGUGCAAGACAACUGUUGAAAUUUUCAAACUUUUAGAAUAUAUUCCGAGCGAAUAUUUCAGUGAAGUGAGAAUGUCACUGAACAAAUCAAUGCACCCACGGAACCGCUACAAAGACAAGCCUCCGGAUUUUGCCUACUUGGCCUCCAAGUAUCCAGACUUCGAGCAGCAUGUCCACACCAACCUGGCAGGCAGAGCUAUGCUGAACUUCAAGGAGCCAGAGGCGGUGCGAGCCCUGACCUGUACCCUGCUGAAGGAAGACUUUGGGCUGACCAUAGACAUCCCUCUGGAGCGUCUCAUCCCCACUGUGCCUCUCAGACUCAACUACAUCCACUGGGUGGAGGACCUGAUCGGAGGCCAGGGGGAACCACGCAGGGGCAUCGAUAUCGGUACUGGAGCGUCCUGUAUCUACCCCCUGUUGGGAGCCUCUAUGAAUGGCUGGCAUUACCUGGCUACUGAGGUAGAUGACAUCUGCUUUGACUAUGCCACCAGGAACGUAGAGCAAAACAACCUCUCGGAUCUCAUCAAAGUCGUGAAAGUUCCCCAGAAGACCCUGUUAAUGGACGCUCUAAAGGAGGAGUCAGCCAUCGUCUAUGACUUCUGCAUGUGUAACCCUCCCUUCUUCGCCAACCAACUAGAGGCUAAGGGGGUAAAUUCCAGGAACUCUCGUCGUCCUCCCCCCAGCUCAGUGAACACAGGUGGGGUGACGGAGAUCAUGGCUGAGGGAGGAGAGCUGGAGUUUGUCAAGAGGAUCAUCCACGACAGCCUGCAGCUCAAGACACGCCUGCGGUGGUACAGUUGCAUGCUGGGAAAGAAGUGUAGCCUGGCACCUUUGAAGGAGGAACUGAGAAAACAAGGGGUACCCAAAGUGACCCACACAGAGUUCUGCCAGGGACGGACCAUGCGCUGGGCUCUGGCCUGGAGUUUCUAUGAUGACGUUACUGUUCCGUCUCCACCCAGUAAGAAGAGGAAGCUGGAGAAGUCUCGUAAGCCACUGACCUUCAUGCUGCUUCAGCCCACAGUGAAGGAGCUGCAGUCCCAGGCCUCCUCUAUAGGCUGUCCCUCCAACCCCAGGCCUGUAGAGACCAUCACUGCCUGGCUGGAGAAGACACUCAGUGACCUGAAGGUGCUGUACAAGCGUGUCCCGUGUGGGAGGAAAGAGCAGAGUCUGUUCCUGACUGUUGUGGAGAACACCUGGAUCCACGGGAGACAGAGACGCAGAGACCAGGGCCGACACCUCAGAGAGCUACCCAGAGCGCCCCCCAGUGGUAUUUCCACCACCCCUUCCUCAGUCACAGCCCAGCACCACUCCUCUACACACAUUCCGGAUAGCUCACACUCAGAGUCACACACUCCCACGGCAGCACAAGGGCCAAGCAGUGUUCCACAGUCAGGGACCAACCGGGCCAAAUCUCAACGGGCCAGCGGACAGGAAGUCCAAAGCCAGGAGGAGGAAACCAGCUGUGUCCCAGUCAAGAACAGUGGGACAGAGGAGAAUGUCAUCAUGGAGUCUUCUCCCUCUAUAACACCCAAUACCAUACUGGCACAGACAGCACUACCCACCACAACACAGAAACAGGAAGCCAUAAUCACAGAGGAAGUACCUACCGAAAUACAGGAACAGGAAGUCGAUGCCACUGGACAGGAAAUGAUGCAGCCACAGAGCCCUGGCGCUGUCCAACACUUCCUGUUUAAGUGCUUGGUGAACGUGAAGGCUGAGGAGCAGGAUGUUGCUGUGGAGAUCCACUGGGUGGAAGGCCAAAACAAGGACCUGAUGAACCAACUGUGUACCUACCUGAAGAACACUCUGUUUAGAGUGGUGGCCAAGCCACUGGGGACAUAAUGGAACAUAGUUAACCUGUAGUACUGGGUCAUGUUCAUUAAGCAGAAAAUGGUAGACGGGAACUUAACUUACCAGUUGUCCUAUAUUCUAUUUGUGACCCGUUUGUAGCAGGUAGUGUAAAAUGUACUUUGCUGGUUCAUUAGUUUCACCUUAGUCUCCUUGUCAAGGUUAUAAUGAGCAGUGACUAUUUUAGUUAAUUCAAGUUUGAUAAAUUACAUUUAGAAAUGUUUUUUAGUAACAUGUAAUGUCUAUUUCCAUGUUCAGUUAGUGUUUUACAAACAGCUGGUUUAUUUCCAGAGACAUUAAAUUUGAGGAAGCCGUUUCCAUAAACUACA